UCCAGGACAACUUCGACUUGUUUUUGUGACCGAAAUCCGAAUCACUUCGUUCUCAGUUCCGGUGGGGGUCCCCAAAUCGAAACCGUAGCGUUCAACCGAUACAUUUUCCUCUCUCUCUCUCUCUCUCUCUCUCUCUCUCAUGUUCCCAAAACUUCCACAAUCCCAUAAAAGCUUCGAACUUUCAAUUCUCAACACCACCCUUUCGUCUCCAUAUCAAAUAUCACAUAGGUAAAGUGAGAUCACAUUAGUUUGAAGACCACUUUCAAAGCUCGCUCAUUCUCUCUCUCUGAAAUGGGUAUGGCGUUUAGGCCUUUGUUUCUCAUUCUCUUCUUUUCUCAAGCAUUUCUCAUUUCAGCCUCCAAUGCCCAAACAGACCAGAAAGCAUUGGAUGGAAAUGAAGCAAAGCUUCUGCUUUCUUUCAAAAACUCCCUUGAAAAUCCCCAAACCCUCCCCUCAUGGACCCCAAACACCCCCCACUGCAACUGGACCGGCGUAACCUGUCUCAAAAACCGAGUCACCUCACUCGUUCUCCGAACUCACUCUCUCAAAGGCCCUCUCUCCCCCUCCAUCUUCUCCCUCUCCGCCCUCAUUGUCCUAGACCUCUAUUCCAACCUCCUCUACGGCCAAAUCCCAGAGAAAAUAUCCCAACUCCAACGCCUCCAAGAGCUGGAUUUUAGCAACAACCAGCUUUCCGGCGAGUUACCGAGCCAACUCGGUGAGUUGACUCAGCUUAAAACCCUCAAACUCGGGCUCAAUUCCUUCACAGGGAACAUCCCUCUGGAGCUGGGAAAUCUGCCAAAGCUCCACUCUUUAGACCUCUCCGGCAACGGCCUCACCGGAAACAUUCCUACCCAGAUUGGAAAUCUGAAAACUCUCAGUUUUCUUGCCCUGGGCAACAAUCUACUCACAGGUUCUCUCUGUCCUAUUGUAAAGCUUCAAUCUUUAACUGCAUUGGACGUGUCAAACAACUCUCUCUGUGGCCCUAUUCCACCUGGAAUAGGAAACUUGAGGAACCUAACCGACCUUUACAUUGGACUCAACCGGUUUUCCGGCGAGCUUCCGGCGGAAAUCGGAAAUCUUGAAAAUCUUGAGAAUUUCUUUUCCCCUUCUUGUUCAAUCACAGGCCCUCUGCCAGAAACAAUCUCAUUGCUCAAAUCACUUAACAAACUUGACCUUUCUUACAAUCCAUUGAGGUGUUCAAUCCCCAAGUCAUUUGGGAAACUUCAAAAUUUGAGCAUAUUGAACCUGGUUUAUUCGGAGCUUAACGGUUCUAUUCCUGGUGAGCUUGGAAACUGUAGUAAUUUGAGGACACUGAUGCUUUCUUUCAACUCCCUUUCUGGGUCAUUACCAAAAGAGCUGGCAAAACUUCCCAUGUUUUCAUUUUCAGCCGAGCAGAACCAGAUUUCUGGUUCGUUGCCUUCUUGGAUUGGAAAAUGGGAUCACAUGGAUGCGCUCUUGCUUUCAAGUAACCAAAUUUCGGGGAAAAUUCCUCCGGAAAUCGGAAACUGUACGAAUUUAAACCAGGUGAGUCUCAGCAACAACUUGUUGAGUGGUGAGAUUCCAAAGGAAAUAUGCAACGCGGUGGCGUUGGCAGAGCUUGAUCUUGACAAUAACUUUCUUUUGGGUUCGAUCGAGGACACGUUUGUGAAGUGUGGUAAUCUUACUCAGUUGGUUUUGGUUAAUAACCAGAUUGUGGGUUUGAUUCCGGAGUACUUAUUGGAGCUUCCCUUGACGGUUCUUGAUAUUGACUCCAACAAUUUCACGGGUUCAAUUCCUAAAAGUUUGUGGAAUUCGACGAACUUGAUGGAGUUUUCGGCUGCUGACAAUCUUCUAGAGGGGACAUUACCUGUGGAGAUUGGUAAUGCUGUGUUGCUAGAAAGGCUUGAUCUUAGUAACAAUCGGUUGAGGGGCACAAUUCCUAAGGAAAUUGGGAAACUCUUAUCACUUUCUGUCCUGAAUUUGAAUUCCAAUUUCCUUGAAGGAACUAUUCCAGUUGAGGUUGGAAACUGCAUUGGGCUAACCACAUUGGACAUUGGAAACAACCUGUUCAACGGGUCGAUUCCAGAGAAACUAUCCCAUCUUGCUCAGUUACAAUGCUUGGUUCUUUCUCAUAAUAACCUGUCUGGGUAUAUCACCUCCAAGCCAUCAAAGUAUUUUCGCCAAGUCAAUAUCCCGGAUUCUAGUUUCAUUCAGCACCAUGGAGUAUAUGAUCUUUCUUAUAACAGACUAUCUGGUUCCAUACCAGAAGAGUUGGGAAGUUGUUUAGUGAUGGUGGAUCUUAUUCUGAGCAACAACAUGCUGUCUGGUGAGAUUCCAGUGUCUCUUUCUCAUUUGGUGAACCUUACGACUUUAGACCUUUCCGGAAAUUUCCUAUCUGGUGGUGUUCCACCUGAGUUUGGAAACUCUAUCAAGCUUCAAGGGUUGUACUUGGGGAAAAACCAGCUCAAUGGGAUUAUACCGGAAAGCCUAGGUCAAUUGAGUGGCUUGGUGAAACUGAAUUUGACUGGAAAUAUCCUCUCUGGGCCAAUCCCAUCUAGUAUUGGGAACUUGAAUGAGCUUACCCACUUGGAUUUGAGCUCUAAUUGCCUUAGCGGUGAGCUCCCUUCAUCUCUUUCAAGAAUGGUGAACCUUGUUGGUAUAUAUGUACAGGACAACCGGCUUUCUGGCCAUAUAGACCAGCUUUUCUUGAAUUCCAUGGUGUGGAGGAUUGAAUCUGCAAAUUUGAGCAAUAACUUCUUCAACGGGAACCUGCCACAUUCGUUAGGAAACAUGUCUUAUUUGACCUCGUUGGAUCUUCAUCGAAACAUGUUUACAGGAGAGAUUCCUCCUGAGCUUGGAAACCUAAUGCAGCUUGAAUACUUGGAUGUUUCUGGGAACCGUCUUUCAGGGCAGAUUCCUGAGGAAAUUUGCUGCCUUCGGAAUUUGCUUUCCCUCAAUUUGUCAGACAAUGGGUUGGAAGGGCCGGUGCCUAGAAAUGGAAUUUGCCAAAACUACUCAAAGAUUGCAUUGGAUGGAAACAAAGAUCUCUGUGGGGGGAUUUUGGGUUUGGCAUCAUGCCCUAUCAAGAGGUUCGAUAGAAGAAGACGAUUUUUCAACUUUUGGGGAGUGGCUUCAAUUCUACUCGGAACUGCUUUGAUUACCCUGUCGAUUGCUAUCGUGAUUCGCAUAUGGGUGAGUACAAGGAGGAGCAGGGGAAUUGGUCCCCAAGACACUGAUGAAAGCAAGGUCAACAGUUCAACUGAUCAAAACCUCUAUUUCUUGAGUAGCAGCAGAUCAAAGGAGCCCUUAAGCAUCAACAUAGCUAUGUUCGAGCGGCCACUCCUCAAGCUGACUUUGGCCAACAUUCUGGAAGCCACCAACAACUUCUGCAAAACCAACAUAAUCGGAGAUGGAGGAUUCGGAACUGUUUAUAAAGCCCAGUUGCCCGGUGGGAAAACCGUGGCGGUCAAGAAGUUAAACCAAGCCAAGACACAGGGCCACCGCGAAUUCCUAGCCGAAAUGGAAACGCUAGGUAAGGUCAAGCACCCGAAUCUGGUCCCACUUCUUGGGUACUGCUCUUUUGGCGAUGAGAAGGUCCUUGUGUAUGAAUACAUGGUGAAUGGGAGUUUGGAUCUUUGGUUGAGAAACAGAACUGGAGCUCUUGAGGUUUUAGACUGGAUCAAAAGGCUCAAAAUCGCAACUGGUGCUGCUCGAGGGCUAGCGUUUCUCCACCACGGGUUCAUUCCUCACAUAAUUCAUAGAGAUAUCAAAGCGAGCAAUAUUUUGCUCAACGAGGAUUUUGAGCCGAAAGUCGCAGACUUCGGGUUGGCUAGACUGAUUAGUGCUUGUGAGACCCAUGUGAGCACUGAUAUUGCUGGGACAUUCGGGUAUAUCCCGCCAGAGUAUGGGCAGAGUUGGAGGGCUACUACUAAGGGAGAUGUUUACAGUUUUGGGGUGAUUUUGCUGGAAUUGGUGACUGGAAAGGAGCCGACUGGACCGGAAUUCAAGGAGAUCGAAGGUGGGAAUUUGGUGGGUUGGGUGUUUGAGAAGAUCAAGAAAGGGAGGGCUGUUGAUGUUCUUGAUCCCGCGCUGCUGAAUGCGGAUUCGAAGCAGAUGAUGCUUCAAACACUUCAGAUUGCCGCUAUUUGCUUGUGUGAUAACCCAGUUAAUCGACCUACGAUGCUACAUGUACUUAAGCUGCUGAAAGCAAUAAAAGGGGAGUAAAUGUGUAUCCCUUGUUUAGGUUUUAUGCAAGUAGUAACACAGUUUUAUGGUUAGGGCUUAAGUUGAAGUUGCUGUUGUAGUAGUCUCAGUUUGCGGAUCUAGGUAAUUAAUGAAUUGUUUCAAGUGCAGAAACCUUAGCACUUUCCCUCGCCCAUGUCGCAUUUGUAAUUUGUCGUUCCUGAGUAGAGGGAAGAGAUCGAAAUUGUUUUGUUAAGUCGUAUGAAUGGAAAAGAAAUAGGCGCGAAGGUUUUAACAUACUUCAA